AUGGCAAAAUCAAGUGAUGAAAACUCUGAAGUGCCAAUAUACUUGCAAGAAAUUGAUUUAACUGGAGAAUACAAGGAACUGAUAUCCACCUUACCAUUAGAAAAAGGGUGGAUCAAAAUGCCUUUUCAUCAAUAUCAAGGAUGUUGGAUUGGCACAACAACUCUACAAAAUGUUUUAUCUUGUCAACAACACUUUCAAGCACUUGAUACUGAUAUCCUCUUAGUUACCUCUCCCAAAUCAGGUACUACUUGGCUCAAAGCCUUGACUUUUGCUUUGCUUAACCGCAAGAAAUAUUCAAAUGUUCAUCUUAACCAUCCAUUGCUUAUUUCCAACCCUCAUGAUCUUGUUCCAUUUUUUGAGCAUGAUCUUUACAUUAAUAAAGAUAUUCUUCCUAAUCUCAACUCAUUAUCUCAUCCAAGACUCUUCUCUACACAUCUUCCUUAUCAUUUGUUGCCAAAAUCUGUGAAAGAGUCAAGAUGUAAGAUUGUGUAUCUUUGUAGAGACCCUAAAGACAAUUUAGUUUCAUUUUGGCAUUUCAUAAACAAGCUAAGAUCACAAAGUAUGGAAAAACUUGCAUUAGAUGAGUUGUUUGAGAGUUUUUGUAGAGGAGUGAGUCCUUUUGGACCAUUUUGGAAGGAAAGUUUGAUGGAAAGAUCAAAUAAGGUUAUGUUUUUGAGAUAUGAAGAAAUGAAAAAGAAGCCAGAUUUUUAUUUGAAAAAACUUGCUGAGUUUAUGGAGUGUCCAUUCUCUAAAGAAGAAGAAUCUAAAGGUGUGAUUGAUGAUAUAUUAAAUUUGUGCAGUUUUGAGAAGUUGAGUGGAUUGGAAGUCAAUAAGAUUGGAAAAGUGGGAACCGGUGUUGAAAACAAAUAUUUUUUCAGACGUGGCCAAGUCGGAGAUUGGAAAAAUCUUUUUACAACUGAAAUGAUUAAGCAAAUAGACAUCAUUAUAGAAAAGGAAUUGGUUGAAUAUGGACUUAGUUUUUAG